GGUCCUUCGGUUACGGAAGCCCGGCAACAACACUGAAACAACAUGGCGGGCUUUUCUUUCGGCUCCGGUUUUCAACCUACAACUCAAACGUCUACACCAUCGUUCGGUGGCUUUGGGGCUCCAGCAACAACACAGACGGGUACAGCGUUUGGCUUCGGAGCGCCGGCCAAAACUACUGGUUUCGGAUUUUCCGGCUUUGGUGCCACAACUACGACAACAGCUCCAACAUUUGGUACAGGAUUUGGCUUUGGGACUCCAGCCACAACUACAGGAGGUUUCAGUUUCGGCCAACCAACCGCGUCAACAGCGACAGGUGCACCGUUCUCUUUCACUCAGCCAACGACUGCUACGACAGCUGCAACAGGUUUUGGCUUUGGACAGCCAAGCGGGUUCAGCUUUGGUACCCAAGCAGCUCCCAAACCUUUUGGAACCGCGACCUCUACCCCAGGGUUCUCAUUUGGUACAGGUUUAGGAGGGGGAUUUGGAACAGCAGCAACCACAACACAGAGUUCCCUUCUGGGAGGCGGUUCCUUGUUUUCGACUGGGUUUGGGACAGGUGCCUCUGCACCAACCGGAUUUGGUGUUCCAACGUCUGCAACAGCAGCACCGGCAAACAAUGUUGCCAACAUCGCAGCAGCGCUCUCUCUGCCAGCUGUAUUCAACGACGAACGGGACCCCAUCUUGGCCAAAUGGAACCAGCUUCAAGCGUUCUGGGGAACCGGGAAGGGGUACUUCUCGGCCAGCGCCCCUCCUGUCGUGUUUACUCCCGAGAACCCCUUUUGUCGUUUCAAGGCAAUAGGAUACAGUGCCUUGCCAGUUUCGAAGCCAGAAGAAGGUCUCGUGUCGUUAGUGUUUCAUAAGAAAGUGGAGGAGUUGCAGCCACUACAAUUGCAGAUCGUUGAGGGGUUGCACAGGCUCCUUGGCAGCAAGCCUACCCUCUCUGUUUGCGUUGAUGGACUGAAAGGACUUGCUAUGGAUAAGUGUGAACUUGUCAUCUACCUGGUGGAGCGUUCACCGACAGGCGCUGCGCGUCGCAUUCCUUCCAACGAGCUGUCACAGUUUCUCGGACAGAUGACCGUAAAGCCGCAACUUACCCAGCUCGGCGUCCAGAACGUCAUCCCAAAGGCGGCUCCCUCGAAAGAGUGGAUAAAGCAGUACCUCGACAACCCUCCUUGCGGAAUCGACGCCUUGCUGUGGCAGCAAGCAAAACUCGACAACCCCGAUCCCGAGAAGUUGAUACCCGUGCCCAUGAUUGGUUUUGCUGAGCUCCGUCGGAGGUUCAAACUUCAAGAGCAUGAAAUCAAGCAGCACCAGAAUAGGUUGGAUAUAAUUGCGGAAGACAUUGCCGAGCUUCAACGCCAGCAGGCAACGACGAUCGCCAAGAUUGAGGAACAGAAGCGUAAGCAUACGGAGCUGAGCCAUAGGACAUUGCAGGUAAUGGUCCGUCAAGAAGUCACGCGGAAGCUGGGCUUUGGAAUCCAACCAGAAGAAGAACAGUUGCGUGUGGUCCUGGAGUCCACUCUGGCAGAGCUCAGUGCACCCACACAAUUCAAAGGACGUCUCAAUGAGCUUGUGUCUCAGAUAAAGAUGCAGAAUAACCAGGUGGCCUGUUCAAGUGUUCCCGUGAACUGUAGCUUGGAUGAGCGUUUCAUCGAUGAAAUGAAAACGCAUUUAAAGAACCAACAGGAUGGGAUAGGACACUUGAUCAAGAUAUUAAAAAGUGAUAUAGAGGACUUGAAAGGUAUCGAAGCUGGCCUUCAAGAAAGUGCUGUUCAGAGGAGGUAGCACCGUUUUAUUCCAGGAAACUUUGGCGAAAUACCUUUCUCUUUUUAUAUACGUCGACAACCAUGGUUACAAAUUUUCAAAGAAGCAAAAUGUGAAUAAAUGGGAUGAAUAUUGCUCCA